AUGAUUUGUUCAUGUGGCCCUUGCCAGCAUGAACACCCCUUCUCUCUCAGAUGUGUCUGGCGAAAGUCAAUUUCCACCAGAUCAAUGUCCUCACGUUGCCCUCCUCGGCCUUCUCGACGCCAACCUCCUUCUUGACCACCAUGCCCUUCAGCAAGCCGCCGGACAUGGCGGUCUCGAAGUCCCGCCAACUGCCUGCCGCGUCCAUGAGCCCCCACCGCUCACGGAGUUGUUUGUAGUAGUCUGCCGUGAGAGUGAUCUCACUGAUGUCGGGGAUGAGUUGUGGCAAAGGUCUGUAAAAAACAGACAGGUUGGCGAGGUUGCUGAUGUCGGGGUGGCGCAUCAAGAUUUCUCCCAACUCCUCCAUGCCUUUGAAGUGUCCGGUGUUUGAUCUGCCUACUGCGUCUCCCUGCGCGAGACGAGCGCCCACCAGGUUGACUCGGUCGGUGAGCGGGUAGUACACAACUGUGCGGAGAAAGCGCAACAAUCGUGGUUCGACCUUUGAAAGGAACGUCUGCUCAAACAGGCUUGGUGAGACAUUGUGGGCAGAGCCCGGGACUGGAUGACCAACGUGAAUGGUCGUUGUGCUCCAGAAACGCGGCGCCCACUCGGUGCGAACGUGCUUGCUGACCGAGAGGAGGGACUUGCGUGUCUUUGCGACGUCAAG